AUGCCCCUCUGUCAUCCGAAGUCAGAGGAUGUGCCCCUCUGUCAUCCGAAGCCAGAGGAUGCGCCCCUCUGUCCAAACCAAAGGAUGCGCCUCUAUCAAUCGAAGCCAGAGGAUGUUUUUUUGUCAGUCAAGCCAGAGGAUGCUCCUCUGUCAUCCGAAGCCAGAGGAUGCGCCCCUUUCACUCCAAGCCAAAGGUUGUGCCCCUAUCAAUCAAAGCCAGAGGGUGCGCCCGUGACAGUUCAAGCCAGAGGAUGCGACUUUCAGUCCAAGCCAGAAGAUGCCCCUCUGUCAUCAAUCAAAACCAGAAGAUGUUCGUGUCAUUCAAGCCAGAAGAUGCCCUCUGUCAUCCGGAAGCCAGAAGAUGCCCCUCUGUCAUCCGAAGCCAGAAGAUGCCCCUCUGUCAUCCGAAGCCAGAAGAUGCCCCUCUGUCAUCCGAAGCCAGAAGAUGCCCCUCUGUCAUCCGAAGCCAGAAGAUGCCCCUCUGUCAUCCGAAGCCAGAGGAUGCGCCCCUUUCACUCCAAGCCAAAGGUUGCACCCCUAUCAAUCAAAGCCAGAGGGUGCGCUCGUGACAGUUCAAGCCAGAGGAUGCGACUCUGUCAGUCCAAGCCAGAAGAUGCGCCCAUGUUAAACCAAGCUAGAUGA